AAAGCUCAUAUAUGAUAGCACAUGGGUCGGUUCUAACUCAGUACGAAUGACACCCGCCGCGGAAAAAUGUUUCGGUUUGCCUUUCUGCUGUUUUAUGCCACUAUCAGCAUCGAUAUGGCAACCACGAUCAGUGCAGCGUGCGACAGGGCACUGAAACUUUACGGUGUUGUGCCGAAAUCCGAAGGCCAACUGCAAUAUUUAGCAUCGCUUAGUGCGUACAACGAAUCGCUAGAUUUCUGGUUACUCACGACAAAUUUGAAUGAAGAAGCACACGUCCUAGUUCCUGCUGAACACGAUACACAAUUUCGGAAUGAUUUAGUGAAAUAUCACUUUAAAUAUUUUGUUAAAAAUCCAAACAUCAGUGGAUGCGCAGACAUAAAUCAGAGGUCAGAGCGUAAAGCGCAGUAUCGAGCACAAGAGUCGUUGGAUUUCACCAAAAGAUAUUUGAGCUACUCUGACAUUAACAGAUAUAUCGAAUAUCUUGGACGGAAAUACGCGGACUUGGUCACCGUAACCAACGUGGGGAAGUCGUACGAAGGAAGGACGCUCAAGACAGUCACCAUUGCCAAGGGUCAGCCAUCCACAGCAAUACUCAUAGAUGCCGGCAUCCAUGCCAGAGAGUGGAUUGCCCCUGCCACUGCCCUUUACGUAAUUAAUCGGUUGGUACAACACGCGAAUGAAAAUCGUGACUUGCUGAAUAAUCUCACGUGGAUUAUUCUGCCACUAGUGAAUCCAGAUGGCUACGAAUACUCACUCAAAACUAAUAAACUUUGGCGCAAAACGAGACAGCCAUUUAGACGCUGCGUUGGGACAGAUGGUAAUCGGAACUUCAACUUUCACUGGGGUGAGAAAGGUGCUUCUAAAUACGAGUGCGUCAAUACCUUUGCCGGGUCGAGACCUUUUUCUGAACCCGAAACACAAGUUGUUCGAGAUCUGCUGCUAACCAAUAAUGAGUCAGUUAAAUUCUACCUUUCGUUGCACUCUUACGGUCGAAUGCUGCUCUAUCCGUGGGGUUACAAGAAAGAUCUUCCCCGGCAGUGGAGGAAUAUGGAUAAUGUAGCACGAGCCGGGGCGUCUGCCAUGCAGCGUGUACACAGGGUGGAUUAUCGAAUAGGUGGAGCAGCAACAGUUCUGUACGAGGCGGCCGGUGCCAGUGAUGAUUACGCACUAGCCGUGGCACGAAUUCCGAUCGCUAUCACAAUGGAACUGCCGGGCGAUGAGAAUGGGUUUCAUCCGGCAGAGUCGAAGAUUGGCAGAUUCGUUGAAGAGGCUUUCACGGGAAUACGAGCAAUGGCACUCAAGAUGGUACAAAUGCAGGUGUGACGAAGUGUUGCAUAGAAGCAACGUCAGUGGUACUUCAAAAGGAUUAGUUUUACCGAAUACAUAAGUGUUCAUUCAACUGCCGAGUGAGUGGUACAACACAAUGGGAAAACACGCGCUUCUCAAACAAAUAAGCAACUAUAUUUGUGGUAUACCCAUGAUGACGUCGGAAAAUCGGACAAUGCUUCGAAUAUCAUGAUAUGAUACAAAUCAACGAAACGUUUGCUGUGAAGAAUAAAUAUUAUUAGAAGGUACAUAUAUAGUAUAUACAUAUCUCGU